CCCCAGAUGAGGAAACCAGCUGUGGAGAAGAUGCGCAGAGAUCGCAUCAACAGCUGCAUCGAGCAGCUCAAGGUCCUGCUGGAGAAGGAGUUCCACAAACAGGAUCCCAACGCCAAGCUGGAGAAGGCCGACGUCCUGGAGAUGACGGUGGUGUUCCUGAAGCAGCAGCUGCAGCCUCAGAGCCCGGCCGCUCGCUCGGCUCACGGCGACGGCUACUCCCACUGCUGGAAGGAGACGCUGCACUUCCUGUCCGCCAGCUCCCUGAAGGAAGUGACGCUGCCGCACCUCCGGUACCUCCACAGAGCCGGGCAGGAUGCCGGGCCCACGCCGGCCCUCUCCUCCCACAGCCACAUCCGGGCUGCGGGGAAGCAGCUGCCCAGCUCUGACAGAGCCGUGUGGAGGCCGUGGUAGAAGCUGCGCUCACUCUGGACCACACCGAUGGAUGUUCACCAUCAGGGAGCCUGUAUGGGAUAUUUCUAAACUCACUUAAUGCUUUGUUGCUUCAGAGUCUCUGGAGCUGCUGCGUCUUUACAAUGUAAAACUGUUUGACUCCUGUGGAGUCGACUUUAUUAUAUUCUGAUACUGAAUCAAUGUUUGCGUACUGUAGUGGAGGAGAGUCCUCCGGGUCGGUUUGACUUGUCACCUUUUAUAAAGGAAACUUGAAUAUAUUUUCUUAUGUGGCAUCGAGCCUCAAUUAUAUUUGCCUGCUGAUAUUUGAAUAAAUUCAUUCUAAAUCUUGA